AUUAGAAAUUGCCUGACCUGUGAAAAUAAUAUUUAUCGUCUCAAAAAUCGCACUCCAAGACUAAGUCUUGUGUUUUUGGCUCAACAAAGGUAAAUUUAAAUUUAAAUUGCGCGCUUAACCCGCUGGCGCCUCCUAACGCCUUUGGCAAGAACUUAACCGCCUGGAAGCAGUUUCCAGUUUCCCCCGACCGCCGCCCGAGGGCGCUGGCACGCGUGCAACACUGCGUCAGCUGUUUCGCUUCGUCUCUCUCGCUCGCUCUCGCUCUUUCCUUCCACGCCGUCAGGCCAGCCGAUAAACAGAGUUGGCGAAUUAAUUGUAAAUAUUGCUGCCCAGGAGAGCAUCGCCCCACAGUAGAUAAUCAGUGAAGAACAUGCCGCCGAAGAAGCACGAUGAACCGGAGCGCAAGCCGCUGAUCGGUAGGAUUGGAACCAAUCUGCGGAUCGGAAUCGUUGGCGUUCCUAACGUGGGCAAGUCCACCUUCUUCAACGUCCUCACCAAGAGCGCUGCUCCCGCGGAGAACUUCCCCUUCUGCACCAUCAAGCCGAAUGAUAGUCGCGUCCCGGUGCCGGAUGAGCGGUUCGACUACCUUGUGGACUUCCACAAGCCGGCCAGCAUUGUGCCCGCCUAUCUGAAUGUGGUGGAUAUUGCUGGCCUGGUCAAGGGAGCCGCCGAGGGUCAGGGCCUGGGCAAUGACUUCCUUUCGCACAUCAGCGCCUGCGAUGCUAUUUUCCAUUUGUGCCGCGCCUUCGAGGACCCGGAUGUGACCCAUGUGGAGGGUGAGGUUGACCCUGUGCGCGAUCUGGAGAUUAUCUCCGAGGAGCUGCGUCUCAAGGACGAGGAGAAGCUGAUGCAGAGCCUCGACAAGCUGGAGAAGGUGGUGGCCCGCGGCGGUGACAAGAAGCUGAAGCCCGAAUAUGACUCGAUGGUGAAGAUCAAGGAGAUUCUGGUUGACCAGAAGCGUCACCUGCGUUUCGAGGAUUGGAAUGCCCACGAUAUCGAAACGCUGAACAAGUAUCUGUUCUUGACCUCCAAACCGGUCAUCUACCUGGUGAACCUCUCCGACAAGGACUUCAUCCGAAAGAAGAACAAGUGGCUGCCGAAGAUCAAGGAGUGGAUUGAUAAGAACGAUCCCGGAGCCCUGCUCAUCCCCUUCUCCGGGGCCUUCGAGCAAGUGCUGAGCGAGAAGGACGACCUGGAGCGCAAGGAAUACGAGGCGGAGAUGAAGUGCAAGAGCCAGCUGGAGAAGAUUAUCGUUACCGGCUACAAGGGUCUGCAGCUGGAGUACUUCUUCACCGCUGGACCGGAUGAAGUGAAGGCUUGGACCAUCCAGAAGGGCACAAAGGCUCCCCAGGCCGCCGGACGCAUUCACACCGACUUCGAGCGCGGCUUCAUCAUGGCCGAAGUGAUGCAUUUCGAGGACUUCAAGUCGGAGGGCAGCGAGGCAAAUGCCAAGGCUGCCGGUAAGUACCGCCAACAGGGACGCAACUACACCGUCGAGGACGGUGACAUCAUCUUUUUCAAGUUCAACGCCGGCGCUGGCCUCAAGGAUGCCAAGAAGAAAUGAUACCGCCUGGCCGCGCUCAUCGCCAUGUCCACUAUCAUGUAUAUUAACUUGAUCUUAUACUCCCAGAUGUUUCGCUUCGCCUGAGGCCAGGGUCUCAUUACAGCAAAACCAAGUUAAUCCCGAACCUGAUCCCAAUCCCAAUCCCUAAACCGAUUCACGCUCAUGCUCAUGGCCUGAUACUGCAUUUUGAAUUUCCUUUUGUACGCUAUGUAAACACGCUUAUGACACUCUCAA